AUGACCUCUACUUCAGUCCGGGUCGCUUUGAGGAUACGUCCUUUGAGCAACAAGGAAAUACAGCAAAGAUGUGAUCCAUGUAUUACAGUAAUAGAAGGCGCUCCCCAAGUGCUCAUCGGCACCGACCGUUCAUUCACAUACGACUUUGUCUUUCCGUCAGAAACUCAACAGGAUGAAGUGUUCGAUGACUGCGCAAAGCCUCUUCUCGACAAGCUCAUGGAAGGUUAUAACGCUACAAUAUUAGCAUAUGGUCAAACAGGUAGUGGCAAAACAUAUUCCAUGGGUACUGCAAUAGAUGGCGCUACUAUCCCUCCAGAGCAUCAAGGUAUCGUCCCGCGUUCUAUCUAUAGUCUCUUUGGUGAAUUGGAAGCAAAAAAGACCAAACAUCCAGAAUUUUCCUAUGAAGUAUUUGUAACCUUUCUCGAACUAUACAAUGAGGAUUUAAUUGAUCUGCUAAAUAUUCAAACUCAUGACAAUAAGAAAGCCAAGAACGAGUUAAUGAUUAGAGAAGACGCUAAUGGACAGAUAUACUGGGCUGGAGUAAAGGAAGUCCCUGUGACAUCACCGGAAGAAACAUUAGAUCAAUUACGAAAAGGUUCUCUAUGUCGUACUGUGGCAUCAACAGAUAUGAACCAAGUAUCAUCACGAUCACACGCCAUAUUUUCACUGGUGCUGAAGCAGACAAAAAUAGAGGACCCAGAAGAAAACAAAGAAAAUGAACCUGAACAAACUGAACCACAAAAGAAGCGUAACAGCAAAAAAGCAUCAGCAAAAAUAACAUCAAAAUUCCACUUUGUUGAUUUGGCUGGUUCAGAAAGAUUAAAGCGGACAAACGCGGUGGGCGAUCGUGCAAAGGAAGGCAUUGCCAUCAAUGGUGGUCUUCUUGCAUUGGGCAAUGUAAUCAGUGCACUUGGCGAUGCAUCACGCAAAGUCACCCACGUCCCAUACCGUGACUCCAAACUGACUCGACUUCUUCAGGAUUCCCUCGGCGGCAAUUCUCAAACUCUUAUGCUUGCCUGUGUGUCGCCGGCCGACUCUAAUUUUAUGGAAACCUUAAACACCCUAAAAUACGCCAACCGUACUCGUAAUAUUAAAAACAAAGUCAGUGUCAAUGAGAGUUAUGGUGAAUCUUCAGUAGAAAUAAAUCGUUUACGGUCACAAGUCAGUCAGUUGAAGAUGGAAUUACAGACCCUUCGCGCUGGCGGCGUAGACGCAGAAGUUGCUAGGAAGUACGAAGAAGAGAUAAAUCGUCUCAAGGGCGAAUGUGGACAAUUAAAGAUGAAGAUGGCAAAUACAACUCAAGAAUUAAAUGAAAUACGUGCUCAUCGAGAUACUUUGUUAAUGGAGAUGGAUUUGAAUAAGAACGCUGGGUCUAUGACUGAAGAAGAGCGAGAGGCAAAAAUAAAAUCACAUCCUGUUGUACAGCAAUAUAUCGAUCAAAUAUCGGAACUCAAGGCCCAAGUUUUCGACUUGCAGAACGCACAGGUGAAACCCGUUCAAGUCGCACCAGCUCAGCCAAUACAUUCUCAGUCAUCGCGGAAAUCGUCAUUUGCCGGAAAUUCAUCCAGGGACAAGGGACACAUAAAAUUCUAUGAACAAGAAAACUCUCGUCGUCAUGAGAGCAGUCGACACGAUAACGCUGACCUUUCUGCCGGUCAUUUCCCGGUUGAAGGCGAGGAAGCACGAGGUCAACUAGAAACGCAAGCCGAACAUGAACCAGUACGGUCGUUCGUCAAGCCUGCAGUUCUAGAUAAAGUUAAAGGACUAUUUUCUGACCUGCCUCCGGAUACAGAAGAUUGUGAUGAUGAUAACGAAGACCUCUCGGCAGAUCCUCAGGACGAUUUUGAAUACACUGAUAGCAAUGGCCAAAAGGUAACUCGAAGGCUCCGACGACGCAGCGUCAAGGAUACUCUUGAGAAAGCCAAAGAACAGAUCCGACAAGGUCUAUUGUUUAUAAAGAAUGGUGGCUCAGUACACGAUGAUCCUGUUCUCGGUCAAUUAGUAAAGACACCAUCUUCGACAAAGAGUGAAAGCUAUAUUGACCAAAUGUUGGCUGGAAAGAAUGAAAAACGCCGAUCGAGCAGCGUGUCAUUCAGCGAUAUUCCGACAAUGGACGUUCCAUCUUGGCAAGAAUCAAACCCUCCUCCGCAGCAACAGACUCGUCGUGCUUCCAACUCUAGUCGAUCUGUCAGUUUCUCAGACCAACCAGCAUCUCCUCACUCCACCAAGUCUUCACAGGACAGUACCGGAGGCUCGUCUCAACAGAAUGCCAUUGCACUCAAGAGAAUGUUGCAUCAGAUACAGGCCGACAUUGCCGUUAAGGAAGAACUGGUGGCUCAACUAGAACGCGCUGAACAAGAAUUCCACUAUAUGCGCACUGCCUACGAAGAGAAACUGGUUCAUAUGCAAGAAUGUUUGAUCCAAUUACAACGUGAGCGUGAAAUUGCGGUGAAGCGUGCUGCUAACUCGGGUGUUAGCACCCGCGACAAGAAUUCAAUCUUGACUGAAUUAAAGGCGCGAUAUGAACACAAGAUGAAGAAGCUCAUAGCCGAAAUUGGUGAUCUACGUCGUAAAUGCAACGAAAUAACGCAAACCCAUCAGACGGCCAAGACUCAAAAUGAAACGACCAUGCGAAACAUGCGUAUCCAAAUCGAACAGCUCAAAGCAGAGAAAUUACGUAUGGUCAAGCGGAUGAAGGCCGAAGCCGAUCGUGUCCGAGAAGUGACUGAACGCACUCAACGGGAGAUUCAGAACCUCAGGCGUAAGGCAAAGUCAGUUCAGACUGAAAAGAAGAAACUUGAACGCCAGACAGAGUCUCAAAGACUAAUGCUUGAAAAGAGAACCAAAGACAUGCUCAAGGCGAACAGCAAACUAAAGUCUGUAACGUCACUGUUGAAACAGACUACGACGCCGAAAGCUAUAGCAAAGGUAUUCAGACAGAACAGGCGAAAGACAAGCAUAGACUUGGAGAAAGACAGCCCACCUGGAAGUCGCCGUACCUCUGACGAGAUUCGCGCAAUCGAGGAAGAGAUAUAUGCCAGUGGUUACGAUAAGAAGAAACUUCUCGAUACUGCUAUAUUCCAAUUCAUUUCUGGUAAGCAGUCGCUGGCGAUGAUGGACGAAAUGGUCAAGAAACGUGAUGAUCUAGUCAACGAGAAACAAGAAGCUCUUAAUGAACGCGAAAGGAUAAUGGCCGAAAACUGCGACGAGCAUGGAAAUCUUGAUCCGUCUAGCGAAGCAAUGGCCCAGGAUUUGGAAGACAAUAUUGAUAUGAUCAACUCUGAGAUUUCAUAUAUCAAUGCUAAACUGAGAUCACUGCAAGCAGAAACGGCUCGUAACGCCAAGCCCGAAAGCGAGUCACGAAGGAAUAGUGAGGACGUUAAUCAAAAGGCAGCUCAACAAACCAAAGGUACUACCAACACUAAAGAAAGACGUAGGGGCAGUGGGGGUGGCAAGAAGAAGUUCUCCAUCUCACAAAUACAGAGCGCCACUCCUGAAGCCGCAUACGAUUUUGCAAUGACUAUACUUCGUAACCUGGAUUCGUUCGAAACUCAAGCAAUAGUAGAGUCGUUCUUCAACGACAUUGUCAAAUUACGAACAACCGACUGGUCAGCCCAAAUGACGUUGAAAGAUCGAGAAAAGACUAUUACAGACCUACGAAAGACGCUAUUGGCAAUGCGCAGAGCGGCAGUAUUAACAACGGUUGAAUACGAGAAACGCAACAAGGUGCUAGAAGAUGAGAUGAGACGUGGAUCGUUGCAUUCGGAAAAUCGUACACCAAGCCCGAUAUCACCUACCACUUUGGAAUUACACAUGACUGAUAUUGAAAACGACGCAGUCAACACGAUGGACUUCUUUGAUCGCAUUUACAAGCAAGUCGAAGCGGAAGUAACAUCGCCGGGACCGAUCACAUCGGAAAACCUUCACGAUGCUCCGAUAGGCAAACCAUCAAGCAGAACGUCAUACUUCCACGAUGAUUCCUACUUUGACUCUCCCACGGUCUACUCGCCUCAUUCACCGAGAGACUUGCCCAGCUCUAAACGCAACAGCUUUGCUCGUGCUCCACUGCCGCCAGGAUGGCUCAAAGACCCAACCAAGCGCAAAUCGUCAUCGGGGUCGGGCCAAUCUGAUUCACGCCGAAACUCUCAACAACAUGAUCGCAUACCAGACUCGCGACGCGGUUCACAGCAAUUGGAUCGUGGAUACGAAUCUGCUCGAUACACGGAUGAAAUAGAAAAGAAGAGCUCGCUGGGCCGAAGUGGGUUGCAUUGGACUGAUUCAAUGGACACAUUACAUGACAAGUACGCACCCGACAGCCCCCGCACGCCGGGAGAGAAGCCACGACGAGAUAUACGAGAUCGACGAGGCUCAUUACGCGACUCUCAUAGCAGACGAAACAGUGUUAGCAGUUUAGGCUUGUACAAUGAUCGCGCUCCAGAUGGCAUGCGAGAACAUCGUGAUAGCGGGUAUUAUGGAUCGGUUGACAAGAAACGAAUGGCGAAUAUGGCACGCAGAGGCUCCAAAGAUCUUUCACAUAUGCGUCAGAACUCGUACGGUGGUGCGCCUGAUGACGAUAACGUCAGUGUAUGCAGUGAUCGAUGUGUCCAUACGCGAUCGAAUACUCCGGAUAUUCCAAACGUAUUUGAUCGAUUAUCGCAGUCUCAUACGUUAUCGAGCAAGUAUCGUGACAAGAGACUACAGACUCCUGAACCAGUAUACGCCACAUAG